AUGCAUGACAAUGUUUACUUUGAACUGUGGUAUUUUGAAUUUUUCUUCCUUACAGAUGUGAACGAAUGUCUGAAAAACCCAUGCCAGCACACCUGUACGAACACACAUGGUAGUUUCACUUGCCGCUGUCAUUCCUGCUACACCAAAGUUGGACUCAAGUGUUACCUAAGGCAGUGUAAAAUCAACAAUCAGUGUUACUCAUAUGGUUCAGUGAAUCCCAGCAAUCAGUGUCAGGAUUGUAACAGUGCCAACAAGCUAGCCUGGACAAACAACAAUGCUUUGAGGUGCAAUGAUAAUGUGGCUUGCACUAAAAAUGAUCGGUGUUCAAAUGGUGCCUGCUCUGGAACGCCAUUCACAUGCCUUGUGUGUGAAGAGUGUUACAACGAUGCGUGCCGCGUGAAAGCAGGAUUCUGCGUGAUCAACGAUGGUGGAACACGAAAAUGUUUUAAGCACGGAGCUGUCCGACCCGGCUAUCCUUGCCAGGAUUGUAAUAGUGCCAAUAACCUAGCCUGGACAAACAACAAUGCUUUGUCGUGCAGUGAUAAUAAGGCGUGCACUAAAAAUGACCGGUGUUCAAAUGGUGUCUGCUCCGGAACACCAUUCACGUGCCUUCUAUGUGAAGAGUGUUACAAAGACACAUGCCAUGCGAAACCAGGAUUUUGCGCUAUCAGCGAUGGUGGAACACGAAAAUGUGUCAAUGGAGGAGCCUACCGACCUGGCUAUCCUUGCCAGUGGUGUUAUCCAUGUAACAGCAGCAGCACAUGGUCAAAUCUUGAUGGUGUAGCGUGUGAUGAUGACAACAAAUGCACACGUGGAGACACAUGUAAGAGUGGCCAGUGUGUAGCAACACCCUUCACUUGUAACUCUGUGUGUCACUACUGUAAUGGAAAUGGCUGCAGUCUGAAAGCAGGAUAUGGAUUUGUGAACAACACGUGCACAUGUAAGAUAGCAGGUCAGGACUAUAGUCAUAAAGCAUUGAACCCAUCAAACCAGUGCCAGUGGUGUGAUUUGUAUGAUGCAGCAGCUCGUGGUAAGAGCACAUGGAGUAAUUGUCCUGGAGGGGCGUGUGACGAUCAAGACAAGUGCACCAAACAGGAUACAUGUAAUGCUGGCAGAUGUGUAGGAAAAGGCUACUCUUGUCAAUCAUCUUAUCCUUCAUCAAGUUGUAAGAGGACUUCUGAGUGUGUUGGUGAUGGAACUUGUCGAGUGAUCAUGAGGUCACGUGGAACAAUUUGUCGCCCGGCUGUGGAUGUCUGUGAUCAACCCGAAAGGUGUGACGGAAGCCUUGGAACAUGUCCCCAUGCGGUGAAAGACAAGAUUACCCUUACAACUGGCACUGUCCAAUUAAUGGAUCACAAAUUUAAGUCAGUCGUGAGCUAUCAGUAUUUUACAGACAAACUUUACCUCAAAAUUUCCGGCUUUUGUGUCUCAUGUGGCCAGUUAACCCUUAAAUGGUUUCUUCUGCCGUCAACAUCCACCUGUUCCACUACCUCUACAGUGAGCGGCACAUUUCCUAACAACAACUUGCAGCAAACAUUGACCGGGCUUACUCUUCAAGUCAAUAGAAGAUACAAAGUUUCCAUACAAGCCUAUGAUAUGAGAAACAAUGCUGCACAACUUGUCUGCACUGGCGUUGUAAUAAUUAAAACAUCAAAUCAAAGCACAGGUUAGGAACUUUACUGUUCCAUAAUUAUAGCCACCAUAAAGAUGCCAUAGAACCUGUAUCUACGGAGCUUUAUGGGUCUUUAUGAGGACAUCUUCAUGGAGCUCGGUAAAAUCUUGUAAAGGGACUACAUUUAGGGUUAGACAAUAAUACAGUGAAACUUCUACUAAGCAGACCCCCAAUUAAGCAGACACUUACGGCAGCCUGGUCCUGAAAUAAACGUCUUAUAUUUCCCUUUAUAACAAACCCCUAUUCAGCGGACACCUCUAUUAAGUGGACGCGGACACUAAAAUAAAUUGUAUUUGGCUAAUUUCUGUUGUUAAAAAAACUCUAUUAAGCAGAAACCAGACUGAAUUGACAAUGUGGCAUUGGAUUACGUCCUAUCAAAUAGUCGAUUAAAUACCCGUAUUAUCAUUGCUGUAUUGAAAGGGCAUUACAUGCAUUUCAAACAAAUUAAAGUUGGAUGCCCUCUAUUAAGCGGAGACUUGGGAAGUUCCCAAGGGUGUCCAUUUAGAAGAGGUUUCACUGUAUGAGACUCUUUAGGGGGUAGGGGGGGGGGGGGGUUGGUGGGUGAUUUAACAUAGGCAUUUUUUUCAGCAAUGUCAUCCACUAGGAAUUUUUUCCUCAGGGCAUGUGUAUGCAUGAUAUUUUUUCCAGUGUAACAUGCUUUUUUUGGCUCACUGAACAUGUGUGAAAUUUUUUUUCAGCAGUGAUCAUUUACAUGAUUUUUUUUUGGUACAAGUAUUCUUACAGGAUAUUCUUUUUCGAAAUCACCCACCCCACUCCCUCCCCCUCAAAAGUCUAAUGGUCCACCCCCUUAUGUUUGUGUUUAAAAAAUAAAUGUGGUUGCACUGUCAUAUUUUUAAACUGCUGCUGGGAUGAAUACAAAAUGGGAUCAGAACUUGCACAUACCUCUUAACUGUUCAACAGAGCCUAGGCACUGCUGUUUUCCUCCAUAGUCAGUAUAAAUUGUCUCUACAACUUUGUUGAAUACAGCUAUGUUGCCUUCACAUGCCAACCUUGAGGAUUAUAUACAGUGUGUAGGUCAAUUCAAACAAAUAAUAACAUAUAAGCUGGGAGAAAGUAAGGGAGGCACGGUGGCCUCAUGGUUAGUGCGCUUGUCUCUGGAUCGAGCGGUCCGGGUUCGAACCCUGGCC